ACCACGAUUUCUCAGAUUGAUUUCCGUCUCAAUCUCUGAUAAAACAGAGAGAGAAAUCAGAAAAUUAGCACAGAGGAAGAGAUUCUGAUUAGUAUGUAUAUGUGAAACGUAGCAUAUACAUACACACAUAUAUACUUACAUAUUUUGCGGCAUUGGGCGUGUUGAGGAAAAGAGAACGGAGAAGACUGAAUGUUGAGCAUUCCAAUGGAUGCCGUUGCUUGGAGAGGAGUGGCGUGCGCAGGCUUCAUACUCCAUUUUGUGUUCGUUUGCCAACUCCUCCUUCUUCAACCUCUCGUUUCUGCUUCAGACAGCAAACCUGGUAAUGUUGCGGAGUUGUUGGAGAGAGUUUCUCAAAGUAUAAAAGUGAAGCGUUACAGUGAGGCACUUGAUGAUCUCAAUACAGCUAUAGAGGCUGAUCCAAAACUUUCAGAAGCACAUUUUCAUCGUGCAUCCAUUCUUCGUCAGUUAUGCAGAUAUGAGGAAUCAGAGAAAAGCUACAAAAUUUUUCUUGAGCUGAAGCCCCGGAAUUCUGUGGCAGAAAAGGAGCUUUCUCAAUUGCAUCAGGCUCAAAGUGCACUUCAUACAGCUUUAACUCUCUUUGAGUCGGGUGAUUAUGCAAAAUCUCUGGAAUAUGUUGAUAAAGUUGUGCUUGUUUUUUCUCCAGCAUGUUCAAAGGCCAAAUUCCUUAAAGUUAAAUUAUUGUUAGCUGUUAAAGACUAUUCUGCUGCCAUCGCUGAGACUGGGUACAUUCUCAAGGAAGAUGAGGAUAAUCUGGAGGCUUUAUUACUUCGUGGUCGUGCCUAUUACUAUUUAGCAGAUCAUGAUAUAGCUUUGAGGCAUUACCAAAAAGGUCUCCGCCUUGAUCCAGAGCAUGGUGAACUGAAGAAAGCAUACUUUGGACUGAAAAAUUUACUCAAGAAGACCAAAAGUGCAGAAGAUAAUGUAGACAAGGGAAAGCUGCGGGUUGCAGUGGAGGAAUUCAGAGCAGCCCUUGCACUGGAUCCUAAUCAUCUAGCUCAUAAUGUACAUCUUCAUCUUGGCUUGUGUAAGGUCUUAGUCAAGCUUGGCAGGGGAAAGGAUGCUCUAAGUAGUUGCAGCGAAGCACUUAACAUUGAUGGGGGUCUUCAUGAAGCUCUGGUUCAGCGGGGUGAAGCUAAACUCCUAACAGAGGACUGGGAGGGAGCUGUGGAAGAUCUUAAAGCAGCCGCUCAAGAAUCACCCCAGGAUAUGCAUAUUCGGGAAGCACUACUAAGAGCUGAGAAAGCUUUGAAGAUGAGCAAACGCAAAGAUUGGUAUAAGAUCUUGGGAGUUUCAAAAACUGCAUCUAUUUCUGAGAUUAAGCGGGCAUAUAAGAAGCUGGCUUUGCAGUGGCAUCCAGAUAAGAAUGUAGAUAACAGAGAAGAAGCUGAGGCCCAAUUCAGGGAAAUUGCUGCAGCAUAUGAGGUUCUUAGUGAUGAAGAAAAACGUACUAGAUAUGAUAGAGGGGAAGACCUUGAAGAUAUGGGUAUGGGUGGCGGUGGUGGCGGUGGGUUUAACCCUUUUGGUGGUGGGGGACAGCAGUUCACGUUUACAUUUGAUGGUGGAUUUCCUGGUGGAUUUGGAGGUGGAGGCUUUCCAGGAGGUGGCUUUGAAUUCCAUUUUUGAUCUUGUGCUUGGUUCACAAACAAAAAAGUACAAGUGCAGUCCUUUUUUGAGGAGUAGCAACUGCCAAUGUGACUAACUGCUUAUUAAAUAUAUGGCCAACCAAGGGACUUUCUUUGCUAUCACAGAGAAAAAUUGUAGCCCUCCAGAGAUUUUUUACGCGGAAUAUGGAUCGCUAGUUUAGAAUAUGUAUUCGCUGAUUAAAAAAAAUUAUAUGAGCUCCUAAUUUUUUU